UUCUUCUACUGGUGUGWAGUUGAUACAGCCGUGUGCUUGGUGUGUAGUUUGGCCUGGCGUGUUGGUCAAUUUGGGGCAGGAUGGGUUGCGUCAAGCAGUACCUGUGGAGGACCAGUCUCCUGUUCUUCUUGAGUGGACUCAUCCAAUGGGGCGGGGCUAAGGUGCUUGUGGAGGUGCAGUCUGGCCCUCUGUAUSGUGUGAUUGGCUACCCUUUCUUCAUGUCCUGCAGCGUGAGUGGUUUCUCUAACCCGGCAGCCCGGCAGGACUUCAGAUUCUCCAUCUACAAGCCAAACARACCCACCCGUGAAAUCCAGAUCAUCAGCACAGACGACAACAACUAUGCCAUGGCAGUGGACGGCGUCCGCGUCAGGGGCGGUGGCAUCACUCUGGAGCGCCUAUCAGUGACCUCGGUCCUCUUCCACGUGAAGAGUCUGGAGGAGGGAGACGAGGACGAGUACGAGUGCCACACCCCAAACUCAGAGUUAGAAUAUAACGGCAGGUACAAUGCUAAAGCCACAUUGAAGGUGCUCGAGGACACCCUGACCACCUCCUCCACUGGCCCCGCCUCCUUCAGCCUAUCAGAGGGUGAUGCCCUAACCCUGAAAGGCCUCGCUUCCAGCAACACCUUCCAGCACACCCACCUGUCCGUCACCUGGUAUCUCCAUGGAGACGGAGAGGCCUCGCCCCGCCCCAUCAUCUCUCUGGACCGUGAUUUGACGGUGAGUCUCAUUGGUCUGGACAAGCUGGAGGAGGCCACAUACAGGCUGAAGAUGGCCAGGAUUGAGCUGUCCGAUGCAGGGAGGAUCUACUGCCAUGCCCAGGAGUGGAUCCAACACCCAGACCGGAGCUGGUACCCAAUCUCCCAUAAAGACGCACAGGCAACCACGUUGGAGGUCAAAGCCAUAGAGAAACACCUCAGUGUGUUUUUUGCUUCCCAGCCYUAGCCUUGGACCCGAUUAUGUUUACACAUUCAUGCAAUGUUUUUGUGUUUGUGCUUGGCUAAGAGGAAUUAUGGGUUAAGAGGACUUAUACAUGUAUGCCCAGUCCUGCUUUUGUCUGAUUUCCUGUAACUAAAUUCUGUUUUAGGGUUUCCUGUGUCUCAGAGGUGAUUAUGAGUGAUGAGUUUCCUUUCUGUCUGAGAAGUAGUUGUGAGUGAUAUUCUGUCUCUCUCUGUCAGAGAAGGCUCCCGACCAGGGUUCUGGCUCUAUGGUGGUACGUAUGACCGUGCUCAAAGCACAGCUCCAGGAGGGGGAGGAGCUGGCUGUGCAGUGUAUUGUGGAUGCCCAGGGCCUUGCAGGGCGUUUUCUCUCUGUGGCCUGGGUCAAACAAGAACAAGUUCUCAUUUACAACUGCGACCUGGCCAAGUUAAAGCAAAGCAGUGCGACAAAAAU